AUGGCAGACACCCAGAUCGGGGCGGCCGGCGCAGGGCACCCGAAUCUCAAUCUGACCGCCGACGAGAAGAGCGCAUACUCGCGCCUGCUGAAAGAAGCGGAUCCUGAUGGCUUCGGUGUCGUGUCCGGCGACCAUGCGCUCGAUUUCUUCUCGAGGACGAGCCUGUCGCCGGAUAUGCUUGGCCAGAUCUGGCAAAUCGCCGACUCGGAAAACAACGGCUUCUUGACGGCGGCAGGCUUUGGCGUCGUGCUGCGGCUUAUAGGCCAUGCGCAGGCUGGUCGUAGUCCGACGCCACAACUUGCGACUCAAGUGGCUCCUCUUCCACGAUUCAGUGGCAGCACCGCCAGCCAGCCGGCGCAGCCGGUGCCACCUCCCGUUCAGCAACAACCGACCGGCCCUCCGCAAAGCCCUACUGGCGCACCCAUUCGAGUCCCUCCGCUUAGUCCCGACAAGGUAGCCGAGUAUUCGGGCUUGUUUGAAAGAUCGGACGCAGAAAAUGGCAUGCUGUCUGGCGUCAUUGCAAAGCAGAUCUUCGAGCGAGCACGGCUGCCGAAUGAUGUGCUUGGACGGAUCUGGGGUCUCUCGGAUACGCAGGGUCGAGGCGCGCUCGAUGUCACGGAAUUUGUGAUUGCAAUGCAUCUGCUUGCUUCGUUCAAGUCAGGUCAAAUGCGCGGCGUGCCGAAUACUCUUCCGCCAGGCUUGUAUGAGGCUGCCCUCCGAAGACCGCCGCCAGUCGGCCAGCGAGGUCCUGGGUCGCGACCGGGAUCAGCUCAGCCUCAGAUCGCACCUCAAUUUUCUGGUUACGGCCGUCCUCAAAGUCCGAUCACGAGAGCGCAAGCUGGCACGCCGCUGUCACAGCAGUCGACUGGGGAAAUGUGGCUAAUCAAUGCGCCCGACAAGGCCAAGUUUGAUCAGAUCUUCGCCACAAUCGACAAGUCUGGCAGUGGCUACAUUUCAGGUGGACAGGCGGUCGAGUUCUUCGGCAAUGCUCGCCUCCCAGAAGAAGUCCUUGCGCAGAUCUGGGAUCUGUCUGACAUCAAUUCUGAAGGCAGACUGGACAGGGAUGAAUUUGCCGUGGCGAUGUACCUCAUCCGGCAACAGCGUGGUUCCAAAGAUGGUCGAGGUAUUCUACCUCAGUCGCUUCCUCCGGCAUUAAUCCCGCCAAGCAAGCGCAAGCAACACAUCCCUCCAUCACAGCCCACAGCACCGGCUUUCGAGAACGCGGCUCCGACAAAGCCAAAAUCUGCGGCGGACGAUCUAUUCGGUCUCGAUGCAUUUGGUCCACCUGGCACGCCUCAGCAGCAGGUUGCUCAAUCGACGGGCGGGACUGAUGCUGGUCCUUUCGCAAAUCCUCCCGCACCAUCGUCACCAUCCACUUCUACACAGUUCCGACCAUUCGUGCCAACAAGCUCCUUUGGCCAAUCGCUGAAUCCGCAAGCUACUGGUUCGCCUUCUUUGAACCAGAAUCGCUCUAUCGCAUCUCCCUCCCAUGAUGACCUGCUUGGUGACGCUGACCCAGCCGAGACCUCGAAGAUUACAAACGAAACCACUGAGCUGGCCAAUUUGUCGAACCAGGUUGGAAACUUGUCGAAGCAGAUGACAGACCUGCACACUUCUCGCGGGCAGACGGAGCAAGAAAUCAAUCAGACGAGUGCUCAGAAGAGAGCAUUCGAGAGCCGGCUCGGCCAACUGCGACAAUUGUACGAAAGCGAAGUCAAGGAAGUCAAAGCUUUAAAAGACCAGCUCGCAGCUGUCAAAGGCGACACGAAGCGUCUACAAUCAGACUACGCGAUGAUUAAUGGAAAUCACCAGGAUCUAUCAACACAGCACCAACAGCUGCGCCAGCAAUUCGAGACCGACCAACGCGAGAACGCGGCUUUGAAGGAAAAGAUUCGCCAAAUGAACGCCGAGGUCGACUCGUUGAAACCACAGCUCGAGAAGCUCAAGUCCGAUGCACGGCAACAAAAAGGUCUGGUCGCGAUCAAUAAGAAGCAGCUUGCGACUAACGAAGCUGAAAGGGAUCGCUUAAAAGCCGAGCUCACCGCUGCGCAGAAGGAGAUUGAGGACCAUGCAAGAGAGGCGGUGGAGUCGGCGCGUGCUAUUGAGAAUUCUAAGAGGGAAGUUGAGGAGGCGGAGCGUGCGCGUGCGGCUGUCAAGAGCCCUCCGGCCGUCGCAAGCCCGCCGGCAGUCACGAGUCCACCAGCGGUGUCCAGAGACAUUGUCAGCCCUGCGCCCUCGACGAGCUCGAACCCCUUCUUCAGACGGACACCCUCCGAGACGGUGGCCUCGCCUGAGCCGCAGCCGCAGCAGCAGCAUAAUCAGAGUGCAUUCGACAAUAUCUUCGGACCUUCAUUUGGCGCAGCUGCUCCUGCCCCUGCCACGUCAUUCGACAGAUCUUUCGACUCUGCCAAUGAUACUCCACCUGCUGGCAUCUCUCGAGCGUCUUCUAGCACACCACAGAUCAUGGAGCCGCCAGCACCUCCUUCUGCGAGUCAGAUUACAUCUGCAGCUCUGCCCUUUCCUCAUUCACUGUCGAGAAACGAGUCGGUCAAUUCAUCGGUUCGAGUUGCGGCGCCUGCUAGUCGCUUGAGCCCGGAAGAAGGCAACACGCCUCGUGCUCUGACUCCCGGAUCGUCCACGUACGGUACAGAGGACAGCAAGGCUGAUGAUCCAUUCGCGCCCAGCGCACAGGACGAAGAGCAGGAGUCGGUCAAACAGACUAUUCCCACCGGUGAGAUGUCGACGGAGGAAAUGUUUGGGAAGUCCACUGAGAAUCUUGAAUUGCCGGGCGCUUUCCCUGGCGGCGACACACCUGGAGUUCAGACUCCUACGGCGAGUGGAUUUGGUACCGGUGCUGCAAUUGGUGCAGGCGCCGCGGCAGUUGCAGCAGGUGUUGGUGUUGCAGCAGCUACGAAUGGUGAAGACAAAGGAAAGGGUCCUGCUAAGGAAGACGAUGACUUUGAUCAGUACUUCGCAGGCGCUGUCCAUCAACGAUCCGCUUCUGAUCAGGCAAGGGACUUUGAUUCUGCAUUUGCAGGUAUGAAGGCCGCGCCUGCGGCCAACGGUGCAUCCAACCAGGAGUUCCCGGAUAUCAAAGAGUUGGAAGACAGCGACAGCGAAAGUGAGUCAAGUGAGGAGCCGGCAGGUUUCGACGACGACUUCAACAAAUCCAAAGCGGCAGAGGCUCAGCCCGCGGUCGCUUCAGCGGUGCCAUCUCACCUUGCGCCUCGGCCGCAAAUUCAGCAGACGCCUUCGGCUGCUAGCUCGUUGCCGGACUUUUCGACACAGACACCGCCUCCGCCGGACUAUCAAAACGCUGCUGGUUCAAAUCCGAACCAUUUCGCUCGGGAAUAUGCAGGACUUCUGCCGGAGCGAGAGGAUCCGACGUCGCCGCCUCCUGCUGGUGGCGAGACGGUGCAGCAGUCCGCGCCGGAAGCGCACUCAUACGGUCCCGAAGUCGGCCACGCGCAGAAUGCUGGAGCGUCGCCACCCCCACCUGCCGUAGCAAAGUCGACCCCAUUCGACUUUGACUCAGCCUUUGCUGGAGUGGGACCUGCCCAGGUCGAAGAUGACUCCGACUCAGACGACGAGGAUGACGUGCCUCACAACAAGCGAGAUACCGCUCAAUUCGACCCCACCUUUGACUCACCUGCUCCGUCGAGCACAACCGCUGCGUCUAGCAGCUCAGCAGCGGCGACUGUGCCGCCACCAUCAUUCAACACAGCCGUAACCAAUGGUUCAGCCACUCCACCUCCACCACCCGCGAAGAAUGACUUCUUCGACUUCGGCACAGACAAGUCAGCUGGUCCAGUACCUCCCGCUGGGCCCUCACCAGGCACAGGAAAUCCUCAAACAGCACAUGACUGGGACGACAUCUUCAGUGGGCUGUCCAGCAGCAAUAACUCUGCACCCAAGACCGUCGGUUUCGAGGAGCCUGAAGAUGGCGAGACCACACCCACUGCCGAGACACAAGCCACUGCCAUCUCCCCAACAGCACUCGCUCUGACGAAGAGUCGAGAAGUGCCGCCAACGGACUCGCCUCUGCCGGAGCGGGCGGUUCCUGUGCCGCCUCCGCGUGAUACGGCAGCUACGACGCCGCCGUUGGCUAAGACGAAUACGCUUACGGUCGAAGGCGCAGGUGGAGACAACAGACCUAACCUGGCAAGAGCCAUCAGUACGACCAGCGAACAUGACGACCCCAUUGUGAAGAUGUUGACGGGCAUGGGUUUCAAUCGCGCAGAUUCAGUUGCGGCGCUGGAAAAGUAUGACUAUGAUAUUGACAAGGCUGCUGACUACCUGACCUUCCGGGACUAA